AUGUCUGGGUUGAAACUCGAAUCCAAACGAAAGCUGCAUGACGGGAAUGAAAUCCCUGUUCUGGGCUUUGGUACGUAUGAGCUUGACGGGAAGGAUGCCUAUAACUGCGUCCUUUGGGCUCUUGAGGCAGGCUACCGUCAUGUGGACUCUGCGGAUUGGUACGACAACGAGUCGGAAUGCGGGCGAGCUAUUCUCGACUACUGCGGUUCUACCGGGAUCCCGCGUGCCGAAAUAUUCUAUACAACUAAGCUCAAGAUGAACAACGGAUACGAGAAGACCGUGGCUGCUAUCCAAAGAUCUCUGGACCGGUGUGGCCUUGGCUACAUCGAUCUUUACCUUAUCCACGGUCCGCUUGGAGGCCCACAGGCUCGCCUUGAUAGCUGGCGAGCUAUUUGUGAUGCCCAGAAAGAAGGAAAGCUAAAAAGCGUGGGCGUCAGCUGCUUCGGAGUGAGGCAUCUCAAGGAACUUGAAGACUCGAAUCUUCCUCUCCCAGCCAUCAACCAGAUAGACUUGCAUCCAUUUAUGACACGUGUGGACGUCGUGGCAUAUUGCAAUGAGCACGACAUUGCACUAGAGGCCUGGGCUCCUCUUGUUCGUGGCUUCCGCUUCGAUCAUCCGAGCAUAGCCGCUCUCGCGGACAAACAUAAGAAGACGCCCGCCCAAAUUUUGCUACGCUACUCAUUGCAGAAGGGGUUCAUUCCGCUCCCUAAAUCAUCUACUAAAGGUCGUAUUGCCGCGAAUACUCGGCUGUUCGAUUUCGAGCUAUCCACAGAAGAAUUGUCCCAAUUGGACAGUUUGGACGAAAAGCUAGUCACUGAUUGGGAUCCGUCGGAGUGCCCGUAA